AUGCGCAAGAGAUCAUUGGAGGAUGAAGAUAUUUGUGCAUUUCGAACAUAUAGCUUCAGUUUCAGAGUCUUUGAGAUGAGAAUUUUGACUGCUUCUCUGUUGGUUCCAUCUAAGAUAAAUCCUGAAAAGCAGAGCUCUAUUUAUUUUUACAGAACAAGAAGAAGAUCCAAGAAGAAUUAUCAGGUGGCAAGGUUACUUGAACCAGCUAUAUUUGAAGCGUCAAAGUUAACGGUUCUUUUCUCAGGAGUUGAUGAGGAAAAUCAUCCAGGAAAACUUCCAAGAACAUAUACAUUUACUCAUUGUGAUCUUACUUCUAAACUUACUUUGACCAUCUCCCAAACCAUCAAUAACUCUCAGUUGCAAGGGUGGCACAAUAGACUGCACAGAGAUGAAGUGGUUGCAGAAUGGAAAAAGGUUAAAGGGAAGAUGUCACUUCAUGUCCAUUGCCAUAUUAGUGGAAGUCAUUUCUUGUUAGACUUGUGUGCUAGGCUCAGAUAUUAUAUCUUCUGCAAAGAACUUCCUGUGGUUCUAAAAGCUUUUAUUCAUGGAGAUGGGAAUCUGCUACAAAAUUACCCAGAGUUGCAAAAUGCUCCAGUUUGGAUUUAUUUCAAUUCAAACAUUCAAGAAUUCAACAAAAUAGAGUGCUUGGGUCCACUCAAAGAAGCUGCUUCUUCUAAUGAGGUACAUGGGCCCCACAAAGAAAAGACUUUACCAGAGCCUUGUCAAGAGUCUUGCACAUGUUGCUUCCCCUCAAGGAGCUUGAUCCAUGGGCCUACUUCAAUUUCUGAUGUCAAUUUCUGAUGUCUAUCCACCGAGGCUUGUAACUACGGAAAAGUUAAAAGAAGAAUUGACCCAAAUAGCCUUACAUCCAAUUAUAAAAAUAGUCAGUGAAGAUAUAAUAUAUGUCUAAAUUAUGUAUUAUAUAUGUAUAAUUAUCAAUAUAUAAUUUAUGUAUACGAUUAGAAAGAGUAAACAAAGAAUAUGGACGACUAUUUGUGUAAGAAAACACAAGUUAAAAAGAGAGUUGCUUCUAUUUGUUUACGUGGUAAACAAGGAAAAAAAAAAUCAGAUUUAUAAUUGAUAAUUGAAAAAUAGUUAUAGUUUAAAAUGUGUCUUUAAAAAAAUCAGAUUUAUCCCUGUCUUUUACAUAAUAAAUGUGUACCCACUUAAUCCACAACUUGUCCUAUUUUUAUAGACAAGUUCCAGUAAUACUUCAGGAUUGCAGCUCUAUUCCAUACUUGGACAUCAGUGAAAUUCAGGCUCCCAACUGUCUUAGGUAGACACAAUGCCACCAAAUCCUUCUUUUUUACUUUUGUAUUUCUCGUCCAGAGAAAGGUCCUACAUACAACUUCUAUCUUGUUGAUGACCUUAUUAGGCAAUGGGAAUAUCUGAGACCAAUAAGACUGAAUGGCUAUUAUCACACUUUUAAUUAAUUGCAACCUCUCUGCAUAUGAUAGAAACUUUACAGACAAAUUGGUAUUAUUACAAGCAUUUUAUCAAUCAAAGGUUGGCACUGUGCUAUAACCAACCUUUUGGAGCUUAAUGGUACUCCAAGGUACUUAAAAGGUAAUGUACCAACAGAGAAGCCAAGUUGUUGUACUAUCUCAUGGUGCACAUGGCCAGGCACUCCUCCAAAGUGUAUACUACUUUUGUUUAUGUUAGCAAUCAAUCCUGAGGCCUUGGAAAACUGUUGCAAGUAAUCAAAAAGUAGUUUAGCUGAUACCACAUCACCUCUGCAAAACAUGAGGAGGUCAUCAGCAAAACCUAGUUGUAUUAUGCCUAGCUUUUCGCAUCUAGGAUGAUAGUUGAAAUUUGGAUUCCCCUUUAGUGUUCUGAGCAAUCUAGUGAGAUACUCCAUGACAAGUACAAACAAGUAAGGGGAUAAAAGAUCACCCUGUCUGAGCCCCUUUUUUGCAUCAAAUGGUGGUGUUGGAUUUCCAUUCAUAACUAUUGAAUAGGUGACAAUUCUGAUGCAACUUCUAAUCCAUGUGAUGAACCUCUCUGGGAAGUUUAUACUCGACAAGAUCUGCUCCAAAAAAACCUAUUCCAAUGAGUCUUAGGCCUUUUGCAUGUCCACUUCGAUCAUAAUCCUUGGUGACACUCCUUUUCUACCAUAUCCUUUAAUGAUUUCAUGGCUUAGAACCACACUGUCAUGUAUCACCCUUCGAGGAACAAAAGUAUUUUGACUGCAAUCCACUAAGGAAUCCAUGACCUGUUGUAAUCUGUUGGUGAUCAUUUUAUAAAUAAUUUUGUACAAUGUUGUGCAGCAAGAGAUUGGUCGAUACUCCUUGAUAGUGGCAUGGUUUUUUUACUUUAGGCAUCAGUGUAACUGAAGUGCAAUUUAUAGGUUUAUACAUAUCAGUUGUUUCAAAGAAUCUAAGUAAUUCCGUUGUUACCUCAUCUCCGAGUAUGUGUCAUGUUUUCUGAAAGAACAGUGAGUUAAAACCAUCACACCCUGGGGCUUUCAAUGUGUCUAUCCCUUCCGGUGCUUGAAACACUUUAUCUUUUGUGAAUGGCCUAAUUAGGUAAAGUUGUUGAGCUCUAUUCAGAUUUGGCCCCUCCUUCAUGAUGUUAGGAUUAAUGGCAGGUAAAUAGUUCUGGCUUGAGCCUAGUAGGCUUUUGUAGAAGCCAAUUAUCUCUUCUUGAAUCUCCUCUGGCCUUUGUAAUAACCUCCGUGUUGUGGAUGUAAGCUGCUUUAUAUAGUUUUGUGAUCUUCUCCCCUUCAUGUUGGCAUAGAAGUAUGCUGAAUUAGAGUCGCCUAGUUUGAGCCAUUGGACCGUAGAUUUUUGCUCGUAAAUGUUCUUCUCUAUUAUACUCCACUUUUCAAGUUGCUCCUUUAGCUCAUUCUCUUCCUCAAACUUUCAUGUAGAGUGGAAUAUGUCCCUCAUUUGUGCUUGCAAUUCCUUCAGAUUGUCCCUAAUAUUCUGAAUUUUGUUCUCCACCCUAUAAACUCCUUGUUGUUUAACCUCUUCAGGGCUCCUUUAACAGUCUUCGGCCUUAACCAUAUACUCAUUAUACCUUGUGCAGGCCUUUGAAUUGACCAGCUGCUCUUCACUUUCUCUGCAAACUCAGGAUGGUUUCCAAACAAUUCAGAAAUCUAAAAGGCUUCUUCCUGGUGAUAUUGUCCUCUCCAAUCUCAAUGCUUAAUAGAGAGUGGUCUGAGAAGUGUGGAUCCUUGAUAUGGACUUGCAAAGGAGGCAUGGUAUUCAUCCACCGUGUGUUCACUAAUGCUCUAUUUAUUUGACUAUAAACAUGGCUAUUGGUCAAUGUAAAAGUUCUCCCAGUGAUUUGAAGUUCUGCAACCCCACACACUUAUAUGAAUCUUCUGAAAUCCCUAGUUUCAUAUUCAUGCACCUCAUUUUCAUGUGAUCUAUCCUCCACAUCUAGGAAUGAGUUAAAGUCCCCCAUUAUCAACCAUGGAUGGAUCAUUAGCUCCUCUAUUUCCUUCAAUUUCCUCCAUAAUUCUUUUCUAGCUGGGACAAUAUGCAAUCCAUACACUGCUGAAAAGUGAAUAACUAUGUUGUUGUGUCUAGGCUGAAUAAUCCCAUAAAUGAGCUGAUCAUGGAUCUCUAUGAGUGUAAAUUUGACUUCAGUAGGGUGCCAUAUUAUCCAUAUACGAUCUCUAAUUGCAGCAGAUCCGCUAGUACACCAUUCCCAGCCAUAAUCUAUUUUCUUUACAAUCUUUGCAGUCUUAUUGCUGUUAACUAUAUGUUCUGAUAUAACUAUUAAGCUUACUUUAUUCCCCUUCAAAAACUCCUUCAACUCCUUUUGCUUGUAUACUUUAUUUAUUCCCCUAGCAUUUCAUGUGACGACCUUCAUGUGGCAUGUUAUAUGAUUGGGGUCUUCCUUCACUCCUAUCAUAGCUACAUUUCCUUUCAUUAUCUACUCUCCUUAUGUCUGCUUGUGUACUAGUUUCUGACAGAGGGCCAAAUCCAUUGUUGAUAGGCACCCGGCUUGAUGCUAUACUAACAUUCUUAGUGCAUUUAUUUGCAGACCUCUUUAUUUCCAUCCUUCAUCCUCUUUGGAUCAUUCUGUUGAGAUGGCUCAAUACCCUCUCCAAUCUCAUGUUUCUGCACAACCACCUGAUUCUUUGGUUGUUUGGUUGCUUGGUUUGAUUCCUCUCCCUUGGCUUUUGGUUCUUCUUUUUUAGCUCCUCUUUUGCUUGAGGUUGUUUAUUUUUUGCGAAAUCAUGCCCAUCUUGCGGGCAAGACUUACAAAACUCCGACACCCAGUCAUAUUGUACCUCAUGUUCAAAUAUCUUCCCUGGUGGAUCCUCAGGGGAAUUGUUUUUAGGAUCUCACUGUUGAAAUUAAAGUCUGCAGCCCGUGCCUUAAUGAUCACUGGUUUGUUGUUCAUCAUAUGUAGACCUAAUGCUAUCACCUUAUCUCUAUCCUCCAAACUAUUAAAUUGAAUGACAAAGUAUCCCUAAUUAUGGUAGUAAAUGUUAGGUUUGGGUGUCAAUCUCCGCUGACCUUCUACGAAUCGUCCUACAACUCCAAUUGACGGAUCAUCUCCAACAACAUAGAAGAGAAUUGAUGUCUUCCAUUUCUCAGUGCCUUUCUCGAGUUCUGCCUGUUGAAGUUCCACAAUAUUUUGGCCAUUGUGGAUCGUUGGGCUAUGAAGCUUAGACUCAUUCCCCGGGCAACAAAUUUAUUCCCUGCAAAUAGAUUUUCCCAAGGUUUGUCUCCCUUUCCCUCCGCGUUUAGAUCUAGCUACUUCCUCGCUCCUGUCGCCUUAUCUCCUUGGUCACUCUCAACCCUAAUUUCAAUUGGGUUCGGAGUUACCUUCGCCAUAUUAGCCCUAGUUUCAGCAGUAGGAGCACUUAGAGUUUUGACCGCUUCACUUCCUAUUGCCGUUAUAGUUCCAAUUGUGGCUGGUGGAGUGGUAAUGUCCACUUUCCAAUUUGGUACCGUAGGCCAUGCUUCGGUCAUUUCCCCCAUUUUCUGGUGUUGCACUUUUAUAGAAAGCAGAAUGCCAC